GAGGAGCUUGGAGCGGAAGUCACCUCCCGUGAUAGUUUCUCGUUCUUCUUAUGAACAAGCCUCAUUUUCUUACUCUUUAAGUGGGUAGUCUAGGUAGGGCAGUUGAUCUCUGUCUCUAAGUAUUUGUUGCGGAGCUCUUUGAAAUAGAGUAUUUGGUGCGAAGCUUGCGAAGCUAAUUGGUUCUUGUAAUAUUGAGAUGCUAAUUGGUUGUAAAAAGAUUGGAGCUCACAGAGGACAUUUUAACUGAAGUGUGGCCUGAUCCUUUUGUAUUGACAGACUCCAAAUAGUACUACACAUCUACUUUUCAAUUACCUUCACUUAUCCUCACCUCUGUCUGAUCUUCAUCGAUGCCUUGAUGCCACUUGUAAAAGAACGGUUAAGUAGACGUAGAAAUAUUGAAUAUUUCCGAGUAUCUUCAUUGCAGAAUAUUUACACAUCGAUAUUUUAAGGUCACAGUUGUAAGUAUUCCUUCGGACGAUACUAGAGAGACAUCCACCACCCACUGACUCCUAGACGUCGAAGAUGGCACCUGCACCGAAACGACGAGUCCUCGUUAUCGGUGGCGGAUUUUCCGGCCUGCUGGUUGCUAGGGAUUUGAACAAGCAUUAUGAAGUUACGGUCGUCGAUGCGAAGGAAUUUUUCGAAUAUACACCAGGUAAUCCAAGCCUACUGAUGAAUUUGUUCUAAUUACGAAGUUGUACCAGUGAAUUUCAAUUUGUUCUAACUAAGAAGUACCAGUGAGAUUGUUCUUCUCACGAAUAUUAAUCCUACAACAUUCGAGACGCACAGUAAGUAGUGCACGUACAACCAAUGUAUACUACUACCGAGUAGUGCACGACCUCUUGCUAGGUAAAUGAAUGAAUGAAUGAUGCCCAGGUAUCCUGCGUGCCUACGUGAAGCCAUGUCACUUCGACGCUCUGACGUUUACCCUAUCCGACGUCGUAGAAAAGAAGAUGGGUUGCAAGUUCAUCUGGGGUGAAGUUCUCAGUUUGAUUAUGGUCACAACAUUCAGUCGUGUCCAUCCCUCUACUCGGGUCAAAACGGAACCAGGCAGUUACUUGUAAUUGCUACGUGGUUCGAAUGAAUGAAUGAACAACAUCGCAAUAUUGGCACUAUUUUUCCAACUGUGGUAGUAAUGUUCCCAUAAACUGUGGGAACGAUGUUCCCAUAAACUGUGGGAACAAUGUUCCCAGCAUAGUUGGAAGCAGGGAAAAGAUGCAACAAGAAGAUGGAAGUACCAUGAUGGGGAGUCGGGUUACUUCUAUGAGGACACUCUAAUUCGUAUGGACAGACACUAACCGCGACAGUGCAGCCGAUGUGCACUGGCGUAACAGAGGAAUUGGGCUUUGACUACUGCGUCAUCUGCUCAGGAUGCAACUUCAACUUUCUGCAUCCGAAGGGAGAAAGCUUGUGGUAAGAAUUUACUAGUUGCUUCAGGGUUUUUCAUUAUAGUACGGCAAUUAUAAGUUGUACCAGGAUAGAGCAAUAUUUCGUACUAGUGUACCACAAUACUACUUCUGGUUUUACUACAGAAAGAUCCCUUACUGACUUGUCUCUUACAUGUGCUCCCUCGGUGGUUGUUGAACAAGAAUCAAUACCACUACUUGAGAAUACAUAUAAAUACAAUUGAUACAACAAGGUUUCCCACCGUGCACGAGUGCGGACGACAGGUCUCUGAGUGGAAGCAUAUUGAUGAGCGCUAUUUGGAGGGCCGUAGGAGACACAUUCUCGAAGAGUAUCAAAAGAUUUCGGACUUGAACAAAAAGGCCGCACAAAUUCUUAUUUGCGGUGCCGGUUUUAUCGGAGUAGAGUGGGCCACGGAAUUACAGUAUUACCACUAGCGUGACUGUUUUACGAGACAUUUAAUUCUUGCUUGCAUCUCUUUCUUUGGUAAAGACCGUAUUUUUACCAUCUUUACAUUCAUGAUAAUCAUGUUUCGUAUAGUAAUCAUGUCACCUUUGAUAUGCAAUUUAUCUCUACUGAGGUACUUCUUUCCGAAAUUGAAGAUUAGUUCCAGUGAUUUCCCCUUCACGUUUUAUAAUCCUUUGAGGUACUUCUUUCCGAAAUUGAAGAUUACAGUGAUUGAUUUCUUGCCGAACUGCCUGGGUCCACUACCGGUGUCGGCACAGGAGUACUGCGACAAAUAUUAAGGGUAGGUUAAUGGUGUUCGUUUCUCCCGUUUGUUAUGGCUUUCCUAAGGGAGACAGGCAUAACAAACGGGAGACGGGCAUAACACCAAAAACCUACCUCUAAACAUAUAUGCAGCAGGUGGGGAUUAAGACAGUCUAUGGUAUCAAAUAUGAGCCGAAGAGUGCGGAGUUCUGGCAGAAAAUCGGACUCUCCAUGAACGGCGCGGACGAAACCUAUAUCUGUAUGGGUGUCAAAGCCUCGAACUACUUCAUGCCGAAGGAGACUCUGAGUGAUAAGGUAUUUCCAAAUUGUAGGGAUCAUUAGGUUUAUUGAUUUUUGAAAAAUGUCAUCCAGCUGCAACCCGUCUGUCUGUCCUGUAAUAAGGUUUUUUUUCAUCUCUUGUAAGAUAAGACUUUCGACUCUCUAAGGUGAACAAGAUUAUUAUUUUUGUCCUGAACAGUAGUAGGGACGAGACGAGUAUGGUCGUGUUCAUAAGUUUUGUUACUCCACUGGUUGUUGAAUCCACUUCUAUGUAUUCUAUCUGUGAACACGGUCCCUGACUCCACUUGUUGUUGAAUCCACUUCUAUGUAUUCUAUCUGUUAACAAGAAACCCCCAGGGACCGGGCGGCGGUGGCUGGAUCUAUAUCAACAAGAAGUUGCAAGUAACCACUGCUUCGGGAGAAGUGUGGGGUAAGGGCGUCGUUUUUGCGGCAGGAGACUGCAACUAUGGUUGCGUGGGCAGCCCAAGCAACUGGCAACUACACCCAAUCCCGAAAAUUUCGUAUCCGUCAGAGGAGCAAGCGACGCAGAUCUGCAAAUCGUAAUUACUAUUUGCGCAUCGUGGUCAAUCAACUACUACAUACAGAAGGAAAUGACGAGCACUGUUGUCUUAGAAGCAGAGGUAUCUACAAUUGAUACUUUGCACUCGUCACAAUGACAACGUCAUUGAUUACAAUCUCAGUGGUAAAGACAAGACUUUAUACUGUGCUCGUUGGUAAAAGGAUGAUGCAUACAAACACAUUAUCAUCCUCCCUUCCAGCAUCGAGAUCCUUGAUAACGUGAAGUAUGGGUCUGGCGGAUGCCUUGGGUGCUGCAUGCCGAAGGCGAUCAAGGACACAUGGUGGCCUUGGGGAGCGGGUAUGUUUGCCACCAGUUUGGGUCCGCAUGACGCUUGCUUCGUGAUCGCAGCUAACCACAAGCCGAAGAGCGGCGUGAUGUGCGUGUGGGGAUGGCCCUGUGCGAUUCAGAAGGAGUUAAUUGAGACGACCAAGGUAUUUUUUCUAUUUUCGUUGUUGUUGACGUGGCAGCGGACGAGAACCGUGGCUGCAUUUGUUUAUACUUGCUAGUCAAUCGUUCGGUCUAUUUGCUCUUCUUUUCAGAAGGUACCAAGAGGCUGAAGGACAUCAUUACUACUUGGCCAUGUAGUGCCCGAGUUGAACUGGUUAUGAUCUUUUCCUACUUUUUUCGUAGAAGGAGGACUGAUUUUGAUUGAUGAGUUUUUGGUGAUGCUUGUACCAAAAAGUUGCCAUGUACUCCGGUACUACUGGUACGAGGUGAAGUGUUGUAGCCAGAGACGUUGAUUCAGGAAGGAACGAGGGCACCGUCUGAGUAGCAUUUAAAUGCCGUCCAUAUUUAUUCGAAUCUGUACUUUUGCUAGAGCUCCUCGUUGUUUAUAAUUAUAAUGUUUUGACCCUAAAAAUCUUCUAUACCAUAUCUUUGCACCACCACCACCACACAAAUCUAUCCUUCCCUUAGGUCGACGAGUGCCAGAUGGGGCUCAUCGGAUUGAUGAUUUGGCACUUUGUUCACCAUACUCCGGUGCACCUUUUCGGCGAUGGCCGCUUCAAGUAAGAGGGACUUCCUUUUCGGCGAUGGCUCGUUCUGUUUUUUUUUUAUUCGGUCUCUUUCUCAAAAGAACCGACUUUCUUUGUUACAACAAGUUGUACCGUUGCUGGUACUAAAUAAAUAUGAGUUUUAAGACUAUCUAGCGGGUAGAACUCGUCUGGGAAAUCUUAGGCAGCUCGCCGAAUAGAUUCAAUUCUAUUUAAGACUAUCUAUAAUAGCCAUUGAAGAAAUAUCUCCUAUCUCAACAAUCACCCAAGAGACCUAUUCUUUUUACACACUAAAAGUGAAUCGGAUGGACAAUCCAAAGAACGUAGAAGUUCCGUUUUUCUGCUGCGAUUCACAUGUAUUGCAGUGACUCGCAGUAGUGUCUGCUCAGAAAGGUGGAGCAGACAAUCUUGGUCUAGGUAGUGUAUCAUUAUGUUAUAGCAUGCAUCAGCAUUAUAUUGAGAUAUCAUGCAGUUUCCGUACUUGUUGAUAUUUUCAUUCUAGUCCAAGUAAGCUUAUAAGUUUGUGAAAUGUGUUUCGAACCUGUCGGACACAAAUUUUCCACUCAAGAAGUUGUAAAAAUUGAAAUUCAAAGUAAUUCAAUUCAGAGCAAUGCGAGACGGAUUCUAGACGGAUCCUGAAGCAAAGUCGUCGUGUGCAUAAGAACAAGCCUGCAGGAGCACUAAGAAGGCGUUGCACCAGCAGCCUGGUGCUGUUGGCGUCCUUCUAUAUAGGGUCUGCGGACGGAACAACUACACUGUUUCAACAACAUGAUGCCUUCACAUCUUUCACCAUUUUUAGACCUUAAAAGUUCAUUUACAACAUACUUUUUACAUGUAAAAACCAGUUUGGAGUUUCAUGUGAUUUACUACAUUUUUAUACACAGGAGUGCCGCUUAUGGUCAUGAUGCGUUCAGAAAAGUGCACUCUCCAAUUCAGAUAGAUAUUCCUACUUAGGUACGGCAUGUUCCUCGGCAAUACAAAAACAUCUAUUUUUGAAGUCCAUCAACCUGAUCCUAGGUAAAGCCGUAGACAAGGGAAUCAAUAGCAAGUUAGUUAGGAUCACGACGUGUCAAGGAUGUAGGUAGUCUUAAAUUUUUACCAGGGGAGUCGAUGUGCGAUGGGGAGUCGAUGUGCGAUGGUGGAGCUGCUAUGUAGAAUCCGAGGGGUUACUUAGGGGUCAUCUACGGAGUUUGGCCUCGUUAAUGCUUUUGCACAAGCACAAAUUAGGUUCUAAGAUACUGAAACCUACAGUACGCACAAGAGGAGCGCACUGGCAGUAGUGCAGCAUUAACCCUGAAGAUUCCGGCAGAUUGGAAAUAUCUCAAUAUUAUAUGAUCAGGACCACGUGUAGGACUAGACCCAGACCCAGUGGGUACAGUCGAAA